UAUUUAGUUAAAGAACUACUCCGAGAUAAUUGUGUCCUUAGUCACAAUAAAACUUCACCUCAUCUGCAUGACCUCGCGAGACUACCGUCUCUAUUGUCAUCGCCCUUCUGCAUCAUUAUCGCGAGGUUUGAUCAGCUGUUAGGUCUGUUUUUAGAGUUUAGUGCUUGGAUGGUCAACACGUGGGGAGGAUAGAGAAAGAGACAGUGUAGGGGGGGCACACGUUGGGAUUUAGUCGGGCCCGGAAUACGUACGUUUAUAUCACUACUUUAAUUCACCGUGGCGGCGCGGAGGACGCUUGUAUACUGUCGUACAGCAGCGCAGCCUGAUUUUUUUCGAGUCUCCAGUAAGUAGGCAUGCCUAGGCAGGCGGUGGAGUGAAACACGCACACAUGGCGAGUGUGCGCAGAGAAAGGUGUAGCUGCUAGGGUCCUGAGGAGAUGCCACUGAGGUUCCGGUCUAUUGUUCCGUACACGCUGCCUGGAGUGCUGGCGCUUAUAGGCUGGUGGUGGUACAUCUCACGCAAGAAAGAGCGAAUCACCAACCACGACAGCGAAGAGGGGGCAGCGGCCAUGGGCCUGCUGAUGUCCCCGGCUCUCAGUGAGGGCAGCAACGGCCUGGUAGAGAAAGGGACAGUGUCCCCCUGCAGGACAGCCAUUACCCCAACAACUAGCAGCAGAGUGAGACCAUCCAAGGCCAACCAGCAACGGUCAACAGAACAGGACGUCAUAGCACAGAUUCACAUCCCGGCCAUUAAUGCCGAGGCAGUAGAGGUACAGAGUACAUCCUGUUCACCUACAGAGAGGGCCUCCCACCAUCCAGACAGAGCCAGCGCAGUCACAGACCCUGGUGUAGAUAGCUGCCGACAGACACCCAGGAGCAGUUCUCCCGCAGCCUCGCCUUUACCAACACAGACUAGGGAGGGGAGCUCGGGCCCCCCGGGAGAACACUGGGCCACUGUGAAGAGCCCGCCAGCCACCAUUGCCUUGGUUACAGUGCCGGUGAAAUCAACGGUUACCGAGCAGGUCCAUGCUCCAGUGAAGGAGGCCAUCUCCACAGCAUCAGAAGCACUUGUACUCUCCCAGACGGCCCACGCCACGACUAGUUCCUCCAUAGCAGCAGACCUGACGAAUGCAGAGAGGCCCGAUCCAGAGGGAGAGGUGGCAGCAGCCCAUGAGGCAGCAGUGGCCUUCACACAGAACCUGCUGGUGGAGCUAGUGGCUAAAGAUUCGCUCCCGGUCCCCUCCAGCAGUACCAAAGAUGAGCUGCCCUCCUCGCCUGUCAUCUCAGCUGAGAUGCCGGCCCAGGCCCUGACAGUAGUCAUACAUGAACCCCUCUUCCCAGAGACCCCCAUAUCAUCGCAGGGCUCCUACCAUGCCGUCAUCACCAGUACUCUGGCCUCCCCAACCCAAGGCCCCCAGCAAGAGAACGGGGCACCUGGCAGCACUGAGGAGCUGGAGUACCUGGCAGCAGGUCUGAUCACUGAGGUCAUCUCUGCAGCCACCCAGGAGGUCCUCGGUGUUACCUCCUGUCCAGAGACCUGGCUUGGCCAAUCCGCCACCGAGCACAGCUUCAGAAGCACCCCACUGGCCAAUGGGAGGCCAUGCUCUGAGCAAGAGCCACUCACAAGGAACAUGGAGGAAGGGCCCUCCCCAAUAAGCCACUCUGAGAUAGAGUGGAGAGAGCAGCAGAAAGAAGGGAUCCCCAAUGGUUGCCCGCCUACCCCGGCAUGGGAGCACAUGGGGACAGCGAACGCACUGAGUAACCCCUGGGCAACAGCAUCCUCACAGGAGGGGAGGCAAGAAGUGAGGGGCGUGCCUAGCAACCUGGACAAACUGAAGGGAGAUGGGGGGGUGAUGGUGGCAGAGGACUCAGCCUGUAGUACGUGCCACUCUGAGGAUGGGGUAAGCAGUGAGGACCAGCAGAGCAGGGAGAACCAGGAGGAUCUGAUCCAGGUGUCAGGGAUGUCUGAGGGGGAGGGUGGUCUGCCCCAAGCCCCAGAAGAGGUAGUGACCGAGGCAGAGGUCAUGGCAGCUCUACCAGGCCAUGUGCUGGGUGCUGUUGGCCAAGUGAAGAGGCUCAACGGCAUGGGCCUGAGGAACGGUUCUCAUGGGAUGAGUGAGACUGAGACCGAUCAGUCUGGAGGCUCGGAUGUGAACAGCAUGGACUCAGUCGACAGCGGCUGCACCAUGGGAGCUAGGGACAGUGGCAGCCCUGCCAUGGCUCUGGGCUCUGAACUCAUCGUUUGGGAGAUUGAGGUGCCAAAGCAUCUGGUGGGUCGGUUAAUUGGGAAACAGGGGCGAUACGUGAGCUUCCUGAAGCAAAGCUCUGGUGCGAAGAUCUACAUCUCCACCCUCCCUUACACUCAAGAGUUCCAGAUCUGCCACAUAGAGGGUUCCCAGCAGCAGGUGGACAAAGCCUUGUCCCUGAUCGGGAAGAAGUUUAAGGAUUUGGACCUGACCAACCUCUAUGCCCCCCCACCUCUGCCACUCACGCUACCCUCGCUGCCCAUGACCACCUGGCUUCUUCUCCCCAGCGGUGUGACCGUAGAGGUGAUCGUAGUGAACAUUGUGUCGGCGGGUCACCUCUUCGUCCAGCAGCACACACACCCUACGUACCACGCCCUGCGCAGCCUGGACCAGCAGAUGUUCCUGUGUUACUCCCAGCCAGAGACACCCACCCUGCCCUCGCCUGCUGAGGUGGGGGUGAUCUGUGCGGCGCCGGCGGUAGAGGGAGCCUGGUGGAGAGCCCAGGUCAUCUCCUUCUACAAAGACACCAACGAGGUUGAGAUCCGAUAUGUGGACUAUGGCGGCUAUGACAGAGUGAAGAUUGACACACUACGACAAAUAAGGUCGGACUUCGUAACAUUACCGUUCCAAGGUGCAGAAGUAUUACUGGACAACAUUGCCCCCCUUCCAGGAGAGAAGAGCUUUUCAACAGAGGCCACCUCUGCACUGGAGGAGAUGACGAGAGGGGUAGCACUGCUUGCACAGGUCACAAACUACGACAACAACACUGGUCUCCCAUUGGUCCAGAUGUGGAAUAUGGUUGGAGAAGAGCUGCUAUCAGUGAACCGCACACUGGCAGAGCGAGCAUUGGGUACCUGGGUUGACAGCUUUUGAACCUUGCUGCCUGACCCCCCCGCCCACCACCCCUCAACCCCUUCUCAGCUCCACCACACCCCUCCUAGACCCCUUCUUCUCACCUAAUCUCUGGAGUCUGGCCCUACCAGCCCUCCAGAUACACCCCAUAACACUUCGAUGGAGGAACACAACCACUGGAUUUGGGACUUUUUGUUUGUUUUGUUUUUGAUUGUUGGGUUUUUACACCACGUUUCAAAAAUAAAUUCAAAAUGGUUGAAUGCUGAAAAGACAACGAAGUAUUUCGUUAGAAUAAGCCAACUCCUCUACUCCCCCAUACACCAAAAGAACUUGAAGAAGGAAAAUAAAGUACUUGUACAUUUUAAAAAGAAAUCUAUAUUGUAACUAAAUAAAGGUCGAUCUGAUUUUUUUUGUUCCUAUCUGACUUUUCACUCCAACUUUGCCUGUGGAGUCUCAUGCUGUGGAUGUAAAAACACUCUGUCAAUGGAGAACUAACCUCACUGUCAGCUGUAACUACAUAUUUACAAUUCUAUUGUGACAUCGAAGGAAUUGGGCUGUGAAGAUUGGGCUAAAUGUGAGGUUUCUAGAUUAUUGUAUGUAGUGCAGUAGUCAUGGUCUCCAUUUCAUGUGCUGGGUGGCUGUGUCUUGUCGUUUGGUCCCAUCAUGACGGCUGUGGACAUAGAGGCCUGGGGGGUAAGAAUGGUGUCUGAAUUCACGGUUGUGACUAAGACUGUCUGUGGAGACCCCAAAAAAUGUAGAUCUCAGCUUUGUUGGUGCUCACCACAGUCAAGGAGCCAGAUGGGGUGGGGCUGAGUCCUAUCGCUGACCUGGGUGACUGACAGGGAGAAGGUGCAGAACCGGGGUCACAGGAGUCGUGUGAAGGCCUGCUCAUCUGCCCUGGCCUCUCCAGUCUGUACAACACUGUGGCCUUAUGGAGAAACAAAAUGUGCUUCCUUUUCUGGGAUCUCCAACUGACCUGCAUGCAGACCAAGCUGACCCCUCCUUUCUCUCCAUCUAUGUGGCCCGGGGUGUCACCAUGCAAUCGCAGGUUGCCUUCAGUGUUUUUCCAUCAUCCUGACUGGCAUCACAGCUGGCACCCCCACCACUACAUUUCAGAUCCACUACUGUUAUCUGGAGCUGUUGAGUCUGGGACAUGACAUGAGGCUGAGUGGAAGGGUAGGGGUGCACCAGCUCCACUCUUUUUCCCUCGACUGACUCCAGGGGCCUGGCGUGACUCUUGGUGCAGCUGUCCAAGGACUUCAAGAGAGUGGACACCACCGUGCGGUAGUAUUGGUGUGUGUGGAAACACUACGACCACAGACAGGCCUGUGAUACCUGACCUGGAACUCUUACAGAACGGCUUUGAGUUGGAGUAAUUUAGCCCUGCUCAGUCGGGAUAGGCCCAGUGCUCAUAUAAAAAAUCUGUCUUCUAAUAUGCAUGUUAACCUGCCUAGGUCUGCGUCCCUCUAAUGGUCUUCACUGUGUUUUUCCUCCUACAUACUGACCCCAAAACAUUAUUACACAUUUACAUUUGUGUUGCAGUUUCCAUACUUAAAAGUAGUUAAAUGGAUCCAACCCAGCGGGCUGGAAUGGGUUGUUAGCCCCUUUGCACGGUGAGAAAUGAGGUCCUUGAAGGUACCAGUCCUCUUCAGCAGUGUAUGAAAGUACAGAGAAAGUGAGCCAUGAGAAUCAGUCUCCCACACUGCAGAUAUUAUUGUAAUAGAUACAGUGCAUUUGGGAAGUAUUCAGAUCCCUUGAAUUUUUCCACAUUUUGUUCCGUUACAGCCCUGUUCUAAAUGUAUUACACACAACAACCCAUUGACUUAUUUUUUGCAAAUGUAUUAAAAAUGUAAAACAAACUUUUUUAAAGUAAGUAUUCAGACUCUUUGCUAUGACUCGAAAUUGAGCUUGGAUGCAUCCUGUUUCCAUUGAUCUUCCUUGAGAUGUUUCUAGAACUUGAUUGGAGUCCACCUGUGGUAAAUUCAAUUGAUUAGAUAUGAUUUGGAAAGGCACAAACCUGUCCAUAUAAGGUUGACAGUGCAUGUCAGAGCAAAAACAAAGCCAUGAGGUUGAAGGAAUUGUCCGUAGAGCUUCGAGACAGGAUUGUGUUGAAGCACAGAUCUGGAGAAGGGUACCAAAACAUUUCUGCAGCAUUGAUGGUCCCCAAGAACCCAGUGGCCUCCAUCAUUCUUAAAUGGAAGAAGUUUGGAACCACCAAGACUCUUCCUGGAGCUGGCUGUCUAGCCAAACUGAGCAAUCGGAGAAGGGCCCCUUGGUCAAGGAGGUGACCAAGAACCCAAUGGUCACGCUGACAGAGCUCGAGUUCCGCUGUGGAGAUGUGAUAACCUUGCAGAAGUACAACCAUCUCUGCAGCACUUCACCAAUCAGGCCUUUACGGUAGAGUGGCCCGACAGAAGCCACUCCUCAGUAAAAAGCACAUGACAGCCCAUGUGAAGUUUGUCAAAAGGCACCUAAAGGACUCUGACCAUGAGAAACAAGAUGCUAAUUUCUGGUGGAACCAAAUUGAACUCUGGUCUGAAAGCCAAGAGUCACGUCUGGAGGAAACCUGGCACCAUCCCUACGGUGAAGCAUGGUGGUGGCAGCAUCAUGCUGUGGGGAUGUUUUUCAGAGACUGGGAGACUAGUCAGAAUCGAAGGGAUAGAUGAACAGAGCAAAGUACAGAGAGAGAUCCUUGAUGAAAACCUGUUCCAGAGCGCUCAGACUGGGGUGAAGGUUCAACUUCUAACAGGACAACAAUCCUAAGCACACAGCCAAGACAAUACAGGAGUGGCUUCGGGACAAGUCUCUGAAUGUCCAUGGGGUGGCCCAGCCAGAGCCCGGACUUGAACCCGAUCAAACAUCUCUGGGGAGACAUGAAAAUAGCUGUGCAGCGACGCUCCCCAUCCAACCUGACAGCUUGAGAGGAUCUACAGAGAAGAAUGUGAGAAACUCCCCAAAUACAGGUGUGCCAGUCUUGUAGCGUUAUACCCAAGAAGACUCGAGGCUGUAAUUGUUGCCAAAGGUGCUUUAAGAAAGUACUGAGUAUAAGGUCAGAAUACUUAUGUAAAUUUGAUAUUUAAGUUUUAGAUUUCUUUUUUAAAUACAUUUGCUAAAAAUGUCUAAAACUAGUUUUUGCUUUGACAUUAUGGGGUAUUGUGUGUAGAUUGAGAGGGAAAAAAACUAUACAAUCCAUUUUAGAAUAAGCCUGUUACAAAAUGUGGAAAAAGUCAAGGGGUUUGAAUACUUUCUGAAUGCACUGUAGCUUUUCUCAAAGCUUUAUACUGUAGCUGUGCUUUGGUCUUGUUGGGUUUUCCAUAGGAUUAAUUGCAGUGUCAUUUAUUGAACCAAAUACAUUUUUUGAAUGUAUUUUUGAUCAUGUUUCCUGAUCGAUGUUGUCGUCCCUACUGAGGCACAGAGGCAGGACUCACCGCCAGCCCAGGCUGCAGCUUCCGCUCUAUCCCAUCUGGGUUAUCUGCUUUUAGGUGUAGGAGACAUGAUUACUGUACUUCUAGAUUUGGAGUUCUCUGUCCUGUCUCGUUGCCUCACAAUGCUUUUUUUUAUUUUUAUCAAAUCGUUGCUUUUGAAUGUGUCCCGUCUGCUAAUCAUACCACACACUUGAAUUUGAUUGCUCUGCUAAUAAGGCAGCUUCCGACCCUCUGCUUGGUCUUGUUGUGGCAGAGUUGACGUUAAGAACAGGAUAGAGUAUGGAUCUUACCUAACAGUUUUGCUUGACUGUUUUCCUGCAUUACUAUUAAAACUGACAGCAUUGGCAUGUAAACUACAUUACAAAGACUUACUUCCAAGGUGUUUAAAUGUCAGUUAUUAGUUAGUCCAAUGUAAGUACUGUAUCUCCCCUACCUUAAAAACUGUUCAUGUUUUGUGGAACCAUAGCAAGUAAGGCAUCUAGCUACUAACUUACUACAAAUUCAAGGCACUUGUCAAGGCUAGAUAAGGUUAUAGUCCAAAGCUGGUGUGGGGCAGGAGCCAUAUUGUAUGAACUUUUCAGUCCCUUAACUUUAUGUUUAAAAGAGCUGUUUUCAACCAAUGUCCUCCUCCUUGAUUUCAGCUUGGUUAUAUCACAGUCAUCGAAGAUUAAUUACUCCAUUGAUCCAAAUGACACCCAUCUGCCAUGUCACUCAAACUCCUAUCUUGCUUGAUCAAACCAGAAUUAUUUCUUGACUUGUGCAGGUCUGUGUAAAUACGAUAUUUCACUGAACUUUUGUAUAACACUGGAAACAAAGGGAACAUGUGUUUUUGGUUCACCCCUUCCAAAACCGCUCAUUGUUCUGUCGGUAAGGCUGGUUUGAAGUGGUUGCUUAGCUAGAUAACUAAUCAUUUGAUUAUUUAAAUGAGUGUAAGCAAUCCUGCCCAGAGCAUUUAACAUGUACAGGUCAGUUUUUGCAAGGCUCAUCAAAUGUUUGAUUCUUGGUUGUACAGAUCUAUAAAAUAAAGUUAUUAAAUGCUA